GGCCGGUCUGCCUGCUUCGCAGUGGUGCCAACUGUCGCAGCUGUCACAGCUGUCAGACCACCAACACUGGUCGAGGGUCACCACACCAAACACUUCCAUCCACAAAACAAACAGAACAAAGUCUUCCAAUGUUAAUUCCCGCCAAGAAAGUUAAGGGAAUUCACCCGUAUUCAUAUUCUUGACACUGUUCAAUUAAUUUAACCGCCUAAUCCUCCAACCUCCUGCCCGCAUCCUGACUGCGACUCCAAGCGUCUCAGAACCGCCCCUUCGCGUUUGACCCAUGGUUUCGUCCUGGUCAUUUCAAAAGGCACAAUGCCCACCACAAUGCACCACAUGGCGGUCUUGUGGGAUCGAAUGAUCUUCAGGAACACGGUCGGCACCUUCUAGCAACUCCCGCUCCCGCACAUCUGUUCCAGCGCAAGGCCAAGAUGCGGCCGCCCCCAAGUUUGCGCCGUGCGGCCGCCGAGCCGCCGCAUAGUCUGGCGAGGUUUUCCUGCACAUGUGUCGCAGAAUGAGUGCCUUUGAUACUGCAUAAUCUUCCGUUCCAUACCCGCGGUGUCCGAUCAGCUAAUAACUGGCCACCUGCCGCCUCGCUUUGGCGCCGUGCAUGUUUCUUCCUUUUCUCUCCCGUAUUCGUCCUUCUUCGAUCUGCAGGAUGGACCGUAGCCGGUAAACUUUUCGCCAUUUUGUUUGUUUACAAACUCUGUUCAAGACAUCUCCUUCACGGCUGGACCGUAUCUUCGGAACUUCACUUACUGCCUUCGAAUUAUACAUAUAGAGCAGCUUGCCUCCAAUACCAGCUGAGUCUUUGGUGGAGGCCAUGAGAUCCCUUGCCAUACACUCGCUCCUGAUAGGAGCUGCACUAGGCAUUGCACUUCCAAGAGGGGACAAUGGCUGUUUACGAGGUCGAGGUGCUUCAGCCAACGGGGUUGUAGCCCAUGACUGCAACGUAAACGCUCGCAGUGAAGCACCAAAUGUAAGUAACCAGUCACUCUUAUUAGUUAUGAUACUAACACAGAGGCAGAUAUCUCCUGAUACAGCUGAAAAGAACAAGCGGGCAGCAAGCAGGGUUGAGUUUGUAACGCUCCAUCCAAGUGUUACCGUGCGUGUAAAUGGCAGCAGACCAGUUACUGAACCUAAACCUGCUCCAGGAGAGCAAAAGAAUCCCACUAGUGCCCCGGUUAAGGUCACCCAACCGAUCCAACCGCCUGCACUCAAGCAGCCAAGCUCGAUUCCAUCUUCAGUAGCUGGUGGAGCACAGCCAUUCCGCACUUUGACGCCGCUACCAAACAGUCCACCUUUGGGAAAGGCCCCUCCCAUCCAGCCGCCUGCUGGGGAGUCAAAGACGAUACCUCAGCCAUCCCUUAUCGCCUUGCCUCCGCAAGGUUCGCCUCCCCAAGGUUCACCACAGCCACCCUCUGCUGUCAAGCCUAAACCGGAUCAAAAGCUUCCACCCGUAGCACCUUCAAAGCCUAGUCUUGCACCACCGCUUCCGAUUGCGCCGUCUAAGAACACUGGACCUCUUAUCCAGCCCACUGGUGCCAGUGGCGGCGUAGGUGUUAUCUUGGUGCCGCUCCCUGCGAAUCAUCGUCCUACAACAACAUUUUCGAUUGACCCAUUGACUUCUGCCGCGUCUAUUCCCGUUCAGGCUUCCCAGAAGUCUGCUAGCUCGCGUCUUCCCGAGUCUCCAAUCAGCGCACCACCUGCUCAAAAGCAGCCUCCUCCACCUCCCCCUCCCGCAAGCGUUCCUACAUCUGUUUCCAAGGCUCUGCCACCACCACCGCCUCCAGUAAAGGAAACAUCCAGUUCUUUGGCCCAACCACCUCCAGCAAAGGAAACAUCAAGUGCACCGGUUCAACCACCAGCAAAGGAAACACCCAGUGCCCCCGUUGAGCCGCCACCUGCAAAGGUAUCUUCGUCAACUUCCAGUUCAAAAGAAGCUGCGAAGCCUUCAAAGCCUGCAGAGACCUCCGCACAGUCAAGUGAGAGGGCAACCUCGAGGGAGCCAUCACCAACACCAACACCAACAUCUUCAUCAUCUAGCUCAGAGGAGCCAAAAUCAUCACGCAGGCCGAAGAACACCACUACUAUUUUCACUGCAAUCACUCCAUCCAAGGUUCGCACCUCUGCCACGGAAACGUCCGCGGAAGCAGGCGCCUCUAGCACGGAGUCAGCUGCGAAUUCUACAGCCGAAGGCGCUUCCACUUCGUCGCUAACUACUGCCUCACCCACCCGUGCUUCAAACAUCACAUUAUCACAGACCUCUCUAGAUCGCUCUGGUCCGACGGCCAUUCAGAGCUUGACCUUCCACUCUGCUAUCGACCUUGGCCCUGCACGACCAACAGGUACCAAGAGCGGUCUUGCAGCUACUACCACAAGCGUAGUCUUUGCGUCUCCAAUGAUUAUGAGUCUCGACUUGACCAAAUAUACCCUCGUUAGUCAAUUGCAGCUUGGUGCCCUGGGAGCUCCGGCAAACCCUACACCAGUCUAGGAGGUGGUAGACUUCCUUUCAAUGUAAAUAUAGACCGCUCUUAGCGGAUAAGAUUUCAUAUAAACAGUUUAUUUGUUUGUUUUACGCUUCUUUCGCAAUUGCGGCAGCAAAUUAAUAUACAUACUUUUCCCAGUCCGGUUUCGCCAAACACCUGUGUACGUCGUGAUGAGAUGACCAUAAAAUCGUAAUUAAAAGCUUUGACAGACACACUUAUGGAUCGUCCCUCUUGGGCUUCUUUGACUGAUUAACUGUUAAAGGCCCGUUCUGUCGAUUUUGUUUGCGCUUGAUGCCCUUCUUCUCCUUUUGAGCCUCUCCAUCCGUAGACUUCUUCAACUCUGGGGGCGGAUUUGAUGUAACUUGGACAACGUUCACAAUACCUCUAAACCCAUUGCGUUUAAUUCCCUCGUUCACCACAACGCUUCGGGGAACCGCGCGUAACGCUUCCAUGCCCUUGUCGUUGGCCAGGCCCCAGACAUUAAACAGGUUGACGAUAUCUGCUGGUCCGCGCAAUCCCAGUGCAGUCUUCGCUUCACUGCUAAUCAUCAUUCCUCGACCACGUGUCGCUCUAAAUAAGUUUGUAAUGUUGGAUAUAAAAUUUGCUCGUCCGCGUGCAUCGGCGUUUAGAAUCUGGGCGUAGCAUAUCUCAAAGCGAACACCGCGAGAUACUGCCGCCAUACAUGGCUUCGGUCGGAAGUGGAAUGGGAAGUGCUGUGUCAGAUCAAGAGAUAUAAUUGGCACAUCCAUCGUCAAGCAUGCAUUCUGGAAGGCCUUUUCCGUCAAGGGUCGGAUGGCAAGGAUAUCGUAGGCGUUCAUUAGAGAUGGGAUUCUGUAAUUCGAGGCGGAAGGGUCUGAGAGAGGGAGGGUAGCGCGGUGAAGGAUCUUAGGGAGCGUCUUGGAAACGGCUUCAGGGAAUGUCGGAAACGGUGCCUUGGGGUUGGCAGGAAAUGGAAGCUCGAGGAUGUGAUUGAUGGCAACAGUUCCGUAGCCGAGACUCGCAGCCGCUGUCAGAGUCUGAAGAAGCUUGUCAUCCGUGGUCGUUGGUGACCAAUGCAGGUUUAGAUCGUAAAUCAUGUUGUCUGUAUAUAGUGCGCGCUCCGCAAAUGCGCGCAGAGGGUUGGAGUUUUCGCAGGGCUGGACAACAGCGACACACACUCGAAUGCUGAAGCGAGACAAAAAGCUCUUGCAGUUUUUUGGUGGAGUUUACAGGGUCGCUUCGCCGCAUGGCGCGCCCGCCAAGUUAGCGCGG